AUGCUUACGCCAGCUGGCCUCCAAUCUGCAUUCAUGGACUCCUGUGCAGACAUCAACGCCGAUUUCUCUGCUAACAAACUGAAGUCAGGAGCAGGGGAUGCCGUACUGCAUGUGCUCGACUGCUUAGCUGAUGCUGCUCUUAUUCACACCAAUUUCAAAUGGGAAAAGAUGAUCCCACCAGAAAAAGAAGACGAUGAUGUCGCUGUAGAUCAAGAAGAAGAUGACGAUCAAUCCUCCGAGGAUGUCCCUAAGCAGGCAGUACUUCACAGUAAUACGGAUGUUAUAGCGUGGCGUGAGGAAGUGGAACGAGUCACUCCGCUCUUGAAAAUAACCAUUAGACAGGAUGCCAAGGAUUGGAGAAUGCACCUUGAACAGAUGGCAACUCUUCAGCAAAAUCUAACAGACCUAAUCGAUGAGCUCACUCCUAAGUUGGAUUCAGUGGCGAAUGAGGUCGAAAAAUCGCUAGAGAGGAUUGAGUCACGUGAACGGACAUUGAACCAGCAAUUGGGAAUGUGGUUGUCCCGCUACAAAGAAUCACAAGACGCAAGAGCAGAAGUCAGGGAACGAUACAAAGCCGCUUCCGGAGGUGUUGCAGAGCGAACAACGACAUUGCAAAAGAUCUCCGAGGAUAUUGAUCAGAUCAAAAUGCAAAUCGAAGAACAGGGAGCAAAAACUAGUGAUGGAGCUCCGAUGAUGAAGGUGAAGCAAGCGCUCCUGAAAAUUGAAGAAGACAUCCAGCGGAUGAAUGUCCAGAUUGGGGUUCUCGAGCAAAGUCUUCUGCAAGCUCAGCUUAAAGAACGAGUCUCCUACGCAGCACAAUCUUAUGGAGCAGUUUAA